AUGGAGAAUACUGUGAAACAAGGGAAGAUUUUUGUUGGUGGAAUAUCGUGGGAAACAACUGAAGAGACACUUAAAAAACACUUUAGUCGCUAUGGAGAAGUGGUCAAGUCAGAAAUACCUAAAGUUUGGGAAACAGGUUUUGGAAAAGGCUUUGGUUUUGUUACCUUUACUGAUUCUUCUGUUUUUGAUAAGCUUCUUCAAGACCAACAUAUCAUUCUUGGUAGAACGGUUGAUGUUUCCUUGGCAAGACCCAAAGGUGAAAAGUCUCAAAGCCAGCGUUGUUCAGAAUGCCAACAGACUAGCAAAAGUCACAGGAAGAAGAUUUUUGUUGGGGGAUUGCCUCAGUAUUUAUCAGAGAAAGAUUUUAAACAAUAUUUUGAGCGAUUUGGAAGAAUUGAAGAUGCAAAAAUUAUCUAUGAUAGAGAAACCAAUACGCCUAGGGGAUUUGGGUUUAUCACCUAUGAUUCAGAGGAAGCUGUAACAAAUGUGUUACAGAGGAGAUUUCACAUGUUGAAUAAUAAAUUUGUUGAGAUAAAGAAAGCCAUGCCAAAGGAAAAGAGAGUUAUGGAUACUUGCACUUACAGUUCUUAUCCUACAAACUCAGGCUAUGUAUUGGUGCCAGUUUUGAAUACUAAUGAGAUUUAUGCUCCUAAUUAUAAUUACUAUUUGGUCAAUCCUGCUAUGGUACCUCGUCAGAGUUUUCCGUUUAAUUAUUCGGACACAAAUAUAUCGGUCUCACAGCCUGCACAGAUACAGUGCUAUACUCCUAGACAUCCAGUUAACUACUACGCCUCAACGCCUAAUGGAGUGGACAAUGGGGGUUCUUACGAGGCUUUAUCAAAUACGCCUAGGUGUCCAGUCAACUGCUAUGCCUCAGCGCCUAAUGGAGUGGAUAACAAGGGUUCUAACGAGACUUUACCAAAUGCGGCUAGAUGUCCAGUCAACUGCUACGGCUCAACGCCUAAUGGAGUGCAAAAAAGCGAUUCUUACGAGGCUUUAUCAAAUGAGCCUAGAUGUCAAGUCAACUGCAACGCCUCAUCGCCUAAUGGAGUGCAAAAAAGCGAUUCUUAUGAGGCUUUAUCAAAUGCGCCUAGAUGUCAAGUCAACUGCAACGCUUCAACGCCUAAUGGAGUGCAAAAAAGCGAUUCUUACGAGGCUUUAUCAAAUGCGCCUAGAUGUCAAGUCAACUGCUACGCCUCAGCGUCUAAUGGAGUGGAUAACGGGGGUUCUUACAAGGCUUUAUCAAAUGGUGCUUAUAACUCUGACGUUGAGAACCAGAUUGACGUGAAAUGUAGCAAUGAUAGUGAUUGUGGGUCUGACAAAUCUGUUUCUCAUGAAGGGAAUCACCAAGAUUGCAACAUUGAGGUUCAACUUGCUGGAAAUGUAUCACCACGAGGUAAGAGUGGUCUCUUUUCUAUUGGAUUUAAUUGUGAGUUUAACUACAGCGUAAUCAAGUCACUUAAAAAUAACAUUACAGCUCCUAGGAGUAAGAAAUCACUGGAGAAGGAAGCAGACAAUGGUGAAAAAGACAAUAAUGGGAAAAACUCCCAGGUUAAUAAAGAAGCCGACCAUGGUAAAACAGACCAGAGUUUGAAAAAUUCACAGGUCAAUUCCGUAGCAGAGAAUGGUGUAAAAGACUACAAUGUGAAAAAUUCUCAGGUCAAUGCUGAAGCAGACAAUGGUAAAGACCAAAGUGAGACGAAUUCCCAGGUCAAUACUGAACAUGACACCUUACUGGAAAUGAAUGGAGUUUCAAGUAAGUGA